AUGAGAAUCGGUUGGAUUCACAGGUUAGUAAACAAAUGGCCCGGAAAGAAAACGUUUGGGAUGUAUAGAUUUUUACCUAUGUUUUUCAUACUUGGUGCAGCUUUAGAAUUUUCAAUGAUCAACUGGAAAGUAGGCGAAGUUAAUUUUUAUAACACUUUCAAAAAACGCCAGGCAAAAGAUCUCGUAGAAGAAAAAAUAAAGAGAUACACAACAGCUUAA